AUGAUCAAAUCAAAAAAACCUAAAGUGAUAAUUGAAUUGGAAACAGCUGGAAGGCUACGUGUUGGUUCUGAUUGUCAAGAUUUCGACUUCAUGACUGUUAUUAAUUACGGUAGAAUGAGUGAGUCGUUUCUCGUCAUUGAGCUACUUGACAACAAUUAUUUUUACGAUUCUCGUUGUCCACGACUUGCUUUACGGUUCUCUGCCUUUAAACUUUCGCAUGACGUCAUCAAGAUCAUGGAGUCAACACUCAACACCGGUAGCCGACCACCAUUUUCAAGUGUCCAUAAAAAUGAGUCGACAAUGGAGAAGAAAAGUCAUUACACCGACCCGAAAAUCACCCAUAACGAUAAUCAUCUAAUUAUGAUCGUCAUAGAUGAAUUAUCUACAUUUUGA